AUGGUGAUGCUGGUGGUGCUUAUGGUGUUGGUGGUGCUGGUGUUGACGGUGAUGCUCAUGGUGGUAGUGGCGGUGCUGAUACUAGCAUUAGUGGUGAUGGUGGUGAGUGGUGAAAGUAGUGCUUGUGACAGUGCUGCUAGUGGUGAUGGUAGUGUUGGUGGUGAUGGUGUUGCUGGAGUGGUGAUAGUAUUAUUAGUGGUGAUGGUGCUGCUGAAGUGGUGA